AUGAGCGGGGAGUGGGCAAUCAUAGAACCGAUGGAGGGCGAGGAAGCGAUCACGGACAUCUGCCUCCUGGCAAAGAAGGAGAAGGUCCCGUCAGGAUACGCAGUGAUUGAUCUGACUGUGGACGGGAAGAAGGCGGACUUUGCCGAGGGCAGUAUGUUCGGCUCAACAAAGCGCUACCUGGCCUACACUAGGAAAGUUCCGUCAGCUCUUCGAGGACGGCUAUCACUAGUAGACCUGAAGGUAAUCCUUUCGAGCGAUCGUUCUCCUCUGGGCUACCUCCCUCUCGCCCACACACACGACGACAACACGAAGGCAUUCUCGCACAAGGUCCUGGUGAUGAAGGUGGCGCCACAUGAACAGGCAACACGAGCUGUGAGGGAGCUACAGAUCCUCAGUGCCAGCAGAAAGGAGGACGUUCAGCUCGGCUUCACACGACUACCGGAUAUCAACGGAUUCAGCAUCUGUUUCAAAGUGGGUGAAGUUGGGAGGAGGAAUUCUGCCCCUACGACCAAACCAGCUCCAGUCGAAGCUGCAAACAAAGAAGGGACUACUCUGGCCCGAAAAGUGCGAUCUGCAACUGAUGGUCUGCAGUUCAAGCUGAGUGCCAUGGUAGAAAAAAAGCAAUACUUGAUCCAGUACACCAUCGAGAAGAUGGGCAAGGCGGAGAGCGUGACGACGUUCGACACGGAGUACGAGACACUGAGUCAGCAGUUGGAGGCCAUUCGCACCAGCACGGAGAAGAUAGCGGCUCAUGUCCAGUACCUUAUCCAACCACAUCCUGGGGUUCGUCUGGAGGAGAACAUUUACAGUCGAAUCGACAAGCAGAAACCUCACCGCUCGGAGACAGAGGAGCUCCUGGGGGCUGAGCUGGGGAAGUCUAGCAGUGCGUUUGGCACGGAUGUUCCUGAAUACGGUGCCUACCUGAGGCAGUGUGGAGCGGCAGAAGUGAAGAUGGGCCAGGCACUGCUCCUCUACCACAGUCGAGUACAGAAAGAGUUCCUCACUCCACUCAGGGCCUUCCUGGAGGUGGACGUCAAGAAUGUGAUGAGAGAAAAGAAGACUCUCUCUGUGAAGAGACUCGAUUUGGAUGCCGCCAAGAGCCGGACACGGAAGCUAACUGGAGACAAACUCAUGCAGGCAGAGAUAGAGCUGAGGGUGGCCCAGGCAGAGUUUGACGUUCAGCUGAGCAAAAUUCGCGACGGGACAAAGAAGGUCAUCUCGACUCACGUCCACUACAUGGGGUACCUCAAGUCCUUCAUGUCUGCCCAGAAAGAGUACCAUCGGGAGUGCUUCUCGCAGCUGGAGAGCAUCGACACUGACGACAUAUUGCCCCCUGUUCGCCCCCCUCGUCCCCCGCAGUUCAGAGGGGCAGAGGGAGAGGAACAAGGCGAGGCAACGGAGAACAAUUCGAGCACUUUUGUAGUGAACGGUAUUGAGUUGGACCGGGAGGAGACUCGUCAAGCCAAAGUCCUCUAUGACUAUGACCCUGUCGAUGAGAAUGAAAUCGCUGUCUACUGUGACGAGUUGAUCAAGGUGACACCAGUGCCUGGUGACGACGAUUACAUAAUGGCCGAGUCGAAGGGGAAGUUUGGGAAGAUUCCGUUGGCGUAUGUAGAGCUAAUGUGAGGCCAGAGGGGCCGCAGCCACCAACUGCACCUACUGAUAUAUACAACGACAUGGCAACGACUGCAGCAGACUUUUAGUACAUCAUGUGAAGUGUCCCUUAACUUGUUCCCCGUAACCAUUCACGUUUUCUUAUAAUAGUGUGCGUGUUGACUGGAUUUUCACUGUCAUAAGAUGAAAAAUGGAGUUAUGGUGAUUUUCUUUAUAAAAAAAAAACGUGAGAACAUAAUGAGUGUGUAGCUAUGUGCUCAGAGCAGGUCGUGUUUUGCGAUGGGUGGACGGCGACAAACAGUAGUCACUAGUCUAAGGACCCGGGAGCUGCGGAUUUGAGAGUUCUGCAUACAAAACACAGUCUAGCGACCAAGUAGACGAGAAGUAGGGCGAGAGACGAUAUCAAGACGUCCGGGCUGCCUCCGCCGUUCAGGAAGGCGGCGGUAGAGUACUCUACAAACAGCAAAACCCCAACGCCGGCCAGGUUUGUGGAUAUUAGGAAAGUUAGCGAGGCGACGAGCAUUUUCUUGGCCCAGCGACUCGGCGACGAGGACUGGAAUCCCCACACGGCCAUUCUCGCGGAGACGAUGCUGAGGUGGUAGAGAUGGAGACCCAGAGCUACGUACAGGGGGGAGAAGACGGCGUGCCAUGAGGUGGAGAUGACGCCCUCCAGCCGCAGCGUGGAGAGGAGGGUAAACACGAGUAGAGCGAGUGAGUGGAGGGCCACCUCGAACGGCCCCAGUCCCGUCCACACGAUCAGCUCCUGCACAGACAGCAGCAUGGCUCCCUGCACUGCUGUGUCCCGCCGAGUGAAGCCGACGCCCACGCUUCCCAGUGAAAGAAAAGCCAAAGUAGAACGCUUCUUCGCUCAACAGCAGUAUAGUUCGCAGCGCAGUU